AUUUGUUUUACUUCACUCAGUGCAAAUCAUUUAAAGCGUUAACAUCUGUUUAACAUCGCUCGACUAAUUUAUGUUAAUCAGGCUUUUGCUGUUGUUCAAUAGCUGUUGCGAAUACAAAUUGUGAUACCAUUCUUUUUUGGGCUUUUAACAAGGUAGUUUUUGGAUAUAAAUACAUUUUAUCGCUUGACAGUGAGCCAGUGCGAAAAUUGUCUUCGAGUUGAAAUUUGUGGACCGAAAAAAAUCAUAGUUGGUCAACAUAAGGAAAACCGGAACACAGGUGAAAAAAAGAUAGCAACAUGAAUGUUCAAUUUAUAACUGCAGUGUUGAUUUCAUUUUUUGUGAUCAUAUUGAGCACCGAAGCGACCGUUGUAAGAAAGUGUCAAGGUAAUAACUAUAAACAAUUAAGUGACGUCGAUGUGACCAUUUCAAAUUGUAAAAAAGGACGCUGUCGACUGCGAAAAAAUACAAAAGUUUCGAUUCAAAUGAACAUACAACCAGAUCACGAUGUGAAAAAACUAAGGACUAGCGUGAGCGCAGUUAUUUUGGGUGUUCCAUUGCCAUUUAUUGGUGUUGACGGAACAAGUGCAUGUAAUAAUUUAUAUGAAGAAGAUGGUGUUACAAAAACUCAAUGCCCAUUGAAGGCCGGACAAAAAUACGUGUACAAAAAUGCAUUCGAUGUGUUGCCCGUUUAUCCAACAAUAGCUGCUUUAGACGUACAUUGGGCGCUAACUGAGAGUGACAACAAAGACUUAGUAUGCUUUGAAAUACCGGCCAAAAUUACCACUUAAGUGUGACCUUUGUAUUAUUUUAUUUAAGCAUCAUUUGUACGUCGUGGUUUUGUUCAUUUUUCACAGUAGCAUUUUUGCUGUCCCGAAUUGAAUUCUGAAAAUAAAAGUAAUAAACACAUGGGUCGAUUAUUGAAAUAAUCGUUAUUUUUACUUCACCAAGAAUAUAAAUACCUAUAGUUCCAUAAAUGUCA